CUCUCUCUCUCUCUCUCUCUUUCUCUAUCUCUCUAUCGCUCUCUUUCGCCGCUUCACAACAGCGACACACAUUCCAUCCUUGGCUCCUUCCGUCUUCCAUUUUUAUCUGCGAUCGCCGCGCCGGAUUUGCAUUUCUAGGGUUUCGGAGCUCUCUGCGACGAUCUUCUUUUCGUUUUUGGUUUUCUGUGCUUUUUGUGUUUGGUUGAUGAUUGUGGAGAGUUUGAGCUGAUCAGUGUAUCGGAUUCGGAUAUUCUGCGAUCUUCCGAUUACUGUUCAGCUCAACCUGCUGCAUGUUGCGGGGAUCGAUCUGAGGUUUUCCGAUAUGUGUAGUUUGUUAUGAUUGUUUAAAACCGUUUUUGAUUUUUGAAUUGCUAAUCAUGGACUCGGAUCUGCUUUUCGGUCUGUGUACUCGAGGUUCAAGGAGUCGACUCCUUUGAGAAGUCUGAGUCAUGGCUUUCACUUAUAGCUGAUGUAAUUGAUUUAGAUGGUAUGCACUAGUUGCUUGGGAUCUGUGGUUGUUGAAGCUGGACAAUUUGGGAUUUUUCAAGCUCCACGGAUUGUGAGAUAUGCAGUGGGAAGGCAGUUUAAUAACUUUGUUCCAAAUUUGAUUGCAACUAGAAACAUAAGCUAUAAUAUUUGGGAUUGUAGAGUUACAACAAGAAGAAAGAUGAUGGCAGAUACUAGUUCAAUGGCUAAACAAGGACCAGUUCUUGAUGUUAAACCUGAGAAGGAUGAUGACGGUGGCUAUGCCAGUGGAGGAUGGAAGAGUGAAGAUGGAAGGUUGAGUUGUGGUUAUUCUAGCUUCAGAGGAAAGAGAGCAAGCAUGGAGGAUUUUUAUGAUAUUAAGACUUCCAAGAUUGAUGGAAAGACAAUUUGUUUAUUUGGGAUAUUUGAUGGCCAUGGGGGUUCACGUGCAGCAGAGUAUUUAAAGCAAAAUCUCUUUGAGAAUCUGAUGAAGCAUCCAGAGUUCGUAACAAACACUAAACAUGCUAUAAGUGAAACAUAUCAACAGACUGAUAGGGAUUUUUUGGAGUCUGAAAAAGAUUCUCUCCGUGAUGAUGGUUCUACUGCAUCAACAGCAGUUCUGGUUGGGAAUCAUCUAUACGCUGCCAACGUUGGCGAUUCAAGAACCAUUGUGUCAAAAAAAGGAAAAGCAAUUCCUCUCUCUCAGGAUCAUAAACCAAAUAGAAGUGAUGAGAGAAAGAGGAUUGAAAAUGCUGGAGGUGUUAUUAUGUGGGCAGGCACUUGGAGAGUUGGAGGAGUCUUGGCAAUGUCCCGUGCCUUUGGUAAUCGUAUGCUGAAGCAAUAUGUUGUGGCUGAACCUGAGAUUCAGGAAGAAGUCAUUGAUGAAGAAUUAGAAUUGCUUGUCCUGGCUAGUGAUGGACUCUGGGAUGUAGUACCCAAUGAGGAUGCCGUUUCACUAGCAGAGUCGGAAGAAUCACCCGAAGCAGCUGCGAGGAAGCUGACGGAGACUGCUUUUACCCGUGGCAGUGCUGACAAUAUCACCUGCAUCGUGGUGAAGUUCCAUCACAAGAAGACGGAGCCUGAGGUAAGCCAACAGGAAGCAAAGAACUUGUCAACUUCACCUGCACAUAAUUUUUAAAUUAUGUAGGCAUCUCGUGCAAAGUGCUAGCUUAGCUCGAUGCACCAGCAGCUGGUUUCAACUCAAUGGAGGCAGCCAUGCUGCAGUUAUUUGUUUAUUCAUUUUUCCUUUUCUCUUUAUAAUUUAAUGUUCUUGUUUUCCUGUGUAUUUGGACCUGGUGUAUCUGCUUGUGAUGGUUUGUGUUUCUCCCCUUCUGUAGAGUUAAUAUCUGAUUAGUUAAAACAUAACCAGCGGGAUGUAGUUUAAUAAAGGUGUUCGGUAAAAGUUCAUUAAUCUGAUUAUUGAUAUUAGACCAAGUCAAGUAUGCCUUUACCCUGCCCUGCAUGUGAUGACUUAUCUAUGUAUGACCAAAACUAUUAUCAUUAUUGUUGCUGCUGCUGUUGUA